AAGGCUCCCAAAAGGAUGGCAUCCCUGAUGGAGCUGAAGGAGAUCUUCCGCAGCGCCGACGCCGUGUGCUUCGACGUGGACAGCACGGUCAUCAGGGAGGAGGGCAUCGACGAGCUCGCUAAGUUCUGCGGGGUUGGGGAUGCCGUGGCAGAGAUGACCCGCAGAGCCAUGGGUGGCACUGUGACAUUCAAGGCAGCUCUCACAGCACGGUUAGGUCUCAUCCGACCCUCCUAUGAACAAGUGCAGAAAUUAAUAUCUGACAACCCACCUCAGCUAACUCCAGGAAUAAGGGAGCUGGUGAGCAGACUCCACCAACGAGGAGUUCAGGUGUUCUUGGUCUCUGGGGGGUUUCAGAGCAUUGUGGAACAUGUGGCCUUGCAGCUGAACAUUCCCACAGCAAACGUCUUUGCCAACAGGCUCAAGUUUUACUUCAACGGAGAAUAUGCAGGGUUUGAUGAAACACAACCAACAGCUGAAUCAGGGGGGAAAGGAAAGGUUAUCACUCAUCUGAAAGAACAGUUCCAUUUCAAGAAAGUGGUUAUGAUUGGAGAUGGAGCUACAGACAUGGAAGCCUGCCCUCCUGGAGAUUGCUUCAUUGGAUUUGGAGGCAAUGUAGUCAGAAAGCAAGUAAAGGAGAAAGCAAAAUGGUACAUCACCCACUUUGAUGAAUUGCUAAAGGAGCUGGAAGAGCGAUAA